AAAUGUCAAACGCUAUUACAGGUGAUAUAGAAAAAAAGGAGUCAUUUACAGAACAAGAACAUGAAAGUUAUUUUGAUACAGAUCUUGAAAGUGAGCAAGCUGGUGAAACUAGUAAAAAAGCUUGUGAAAGAAGUAAAAAAAAAUAA